GAUGAGAGACAGUACAGAAGUGAGGACCAGAACUACCAGGAAUAUGAGAGUUGUGAGCACCAAGGACGUGGCCAUCAUGUUGGGAGGUGGGGUCCAUAUCUUCUGAUCUUCUGAGUGGUUCCCAGGCCUCCAGAAGUUUUGUGAGGUUGAAUGAGCAAUACCUGAUAGAGUAUGACUACAUGGUGAUGGGCAACUGAUUUUUUUGGGCAGGGCUGUACAGUCUGUAGAACAUUUUAGGAAUACCUAUGGAUUCUCCAGACAUCACUAGUAAUGAUUCAUCACCUGAAAAUAACGACUCACAGAUGGAGACUUCUCCCGGUCCGCACCGAUUCACACGUAGGGAGGCGAGGUACGGGAAAAAGAGCACAAUCCGUCCUUCAGAGAAAAAAUCCGCAAAGGAAACCAAUGUCGAAGACAAACCAGUUUCUCCAUCUGUACAGCGCAAUCUAUUGUACGGAGAAGCUCUGUAUACAGUCAUACACAGAAUCGGGAUGUCUGAGCCGAAUCAUAUAUCAGAUAAUGACCAGCUUUAUGAAUACCUGCAAAUGGCCUUCAAUAUGGAUUCUGCAGAGCACCAGGCCAUAUUAGAAAGCAUAAAAAGUCUUGAGCCCCCAAUCAUCUGUGUGAAAGUGACGGUGAAACAAGCUAAAGGAAUACUCGGAAAGGAUGUUAGUGGUUUUAGUGAUCCCUACUGCAUGCUAGGGAUCGAGAAGCGAUCUAUCUCCAGGGACAGUAGCCCCAAUCCUGACAAGAAACAGAAGCAGAAAGCGGUAGUCAGGAACACUCUACCUGAGGAUCAGACACACAAGACACAGGUCAAGGCCCAGACCUUAAAUCCUGUAUGGAAUGAAACUUUUAUAAUGGAAGUGGAUGACAUACAACAUGCUCGCUUUCAGAUGGAUAUGUGGGACUCAGAUGAUGUGGAAUCUGUCAGGGCCAAGUUUGGGGAGUUGACAGACCUACAUGGAUUGAAAAGGAUAUUUAAAGACGCUCGCAAGGACAAAGGUCAAGAUGACUUUCUAGGAAAUAUUGUUCUCCGACUGCGGGACCUGAAAUGCAAGGAGGAUCGCUGGUACCAUCUGGAACCUCGGACAGAGACGUAUCCAGACAGAGGGCAGUGCCACCUGCAGUUCCUUCUUACCCACAAGAAGAGAGCAACUAUGCUGAGCAGGAACCCCAGCUACAUCGUCCACCGGCAGCUACUCCAGCAGUUUGUUCGACAUGAGAUCACCUGUCAUCAGGCAACUGGAACCACAUGGGAUGGAGAGAUCGGUCCACAUGGCACCACCAUUCUGCACCUACACGCUUCCCAGAAAGAUUUGUCUGAAUUUCAUCAAGGCCUUGCGCAGUGGCUGGCAUAUAGUAAAUUAUAUCAGAGUCUGGAGUUCAGCAGUAGCUGCUUGCUGCAUCAUAUAACAAGCAUUGAAUACCUGUGGGUUCAAGGACGGCUGCAGGAUGAGCAGAAAAAUGAGCUAGCAGAAUCAUUUGACUCUUUGCUGCAAUAUGGAGUAUCACUUCUACAAAGGUACCGCAUUGUAUUCCCACUGUCAGAAGCUCGGUCCGCAGAACGCCUGCAGGGUCUGCUCAGAAUUCUGAUACAAAUGUGUAAAACCAAGGCAUUCAGAGAGCUGUGCUCCUCCACACCCGACUUGCAAGACAGAGUGACCAAAGCCAUCAAGACUGGAACCCGAGAGUGGUUUGAUCUGAAGAGACAGCAUCUACAACCAAUGAUACAGGGCUAUGAGGAAAACUUUAAGGCUUUGAUAACUCUGGUGGCCGACAUCACCCUUGACCUGAAGAAUUGUCACAAGACAUUGAACAAGUUUUUUUUCAACACUAUUAAAGUGGAUCUGUUCAGCCUGACCUUCCAGGAGCUGGAAGACCUGAUCUCUGAGCAGUUGGUCUGUCAGCUUCCACCUCCUAGCCAUAGCUCUCGCCAGCAGCUCUCUGAACUCUUGUACCAACUCUAUCUCACUCUACGUGACCUUCACCAACUCCAAGACCACCUUCCAACCAGGAACGGCUCUCUCCCACUGGAUAAUUUCCAUCAAAAAUUUGCUGACUGUCUACCUAGUUGGCUACAGAAGGCAUAUUCGACAGCUCUCGAGAGAGUCCAGAGAGCCGUGCGAAUAGAUCUGCUGGUCCCAUUGUCAGAGUUGCAGAAACACAGCGCCUCCACGGUGGAUCUGUCCACGUGCUACACCCAGAUUGGACGCACAUGGCAGCAGCUAGCCUGGCCUGACGCUGAGGAGGCAUUUAUGAUUAUGGUGAAGUUCACUGAGGAUAUGUGCCGCAUCGCUGUCAUGUACUGCACAAUGAUUAAACAACGGGCAGAGGAUUUGUCAGAUACCAAAGAUCCCGGGCAGGCCGCAAACAAGCUGUGUCUGGUGUUGAAUAACAUCGAGCAUCUACGGCUGGUGGUGCGCUCUCUACCUGAGAAACUGAAUUGGUCAUCACUGGAGGAACAAACACAGGGGGUUUUAAGCACGGAGCAAUUUCAGCACACGCUCUACGACCAGCUGAAGGGCGCUGUGGCCUGCCUGGAUCGGGAGAUUCGAGGUGUGGUGCAGGCUCUUGCUCAAAAACUGGACGCUGGCAUUGCCAGACACCUCCAGUCCAUAGCCAGUGUGAGUGACUCCCGGGAUCCCAAUGAUAGCUGUGUACCAAUGAUGAAAUUCUUGGAAUCUGAGUUAAAAUACAUGAACCAGAACCUAGUGCAGGAAAACUUUAACUGCCUCCUGUCUCUGCUUUGGUCUCACAUCCUCACCGUCCUCUCCAGCCUGUCCAGGCACAUCACCCCUUCUGUCCGAUAUUACCAGAGGCUGCAUGCCGCACUGAAGAAUUUGGAGUCGUGCUUCCACGCGGAGGGUUGUGGACUGUCAUUAGAAAGCCUCCACACAGCCACCUUCAUUACCCUAGAGCAGGAUCUAGAACUUUGUUCCUCCAGCACUCGGAAACUAAUAGAAAGGUAUUAUCAGCAGAAGAUCCAGCAACAGUAUGGAUCCAGUGCAGAAAAGUAUGGAGCUGUUACAGUAAAAGUCAGCUACCGGCAAUCCGAGCAGAAACUGCAUGUUGAGAUCCUCAAUGCAGCGAAUCUUCUUCCUCUGGAUUCCAAUGGCAGCAGCGACCCAUUUGUUCAGCUGACGUUGGAACCUAAGCAUGUUUUUCCAGCAGUGGAGUUGCGGUCUACGGAAGUCAAGAAAAGUGAAUUAAAUCCACUUUAUGAUGAGACCUUUGACUUCCUGGUGACCCCGGAGCAGUGUGAAGUCCCAGGAGCCUGUCUUAUGCUGACUGUGUUUGACUAUGAUGCCAUUCUUUCCAAUGAUCUGGAAGGAGAGGCGUUUUUACCUCUUGCAGAUGUUCCUGGGUUAAAAGAAAAGACAAGCGAUCCAGUGGCUACUAUCCCUCAAAUACGACUAGCCCUCACCCAUCCAAAAAUCAAUGGGGAUCGCAUCUUGCAGCUCCUCGACUGUCGCCGUUCUGAAAAGGAAGCUGCCACAUUCGUCAAGCUCCGUAGGCAGCGGGCCCGCCAGUCUAAGGAAAGCGAGCGGUGACAUGCGUAGAGGACAUGAUGUAUACAGCAGGACAACCAGUGGUCACCAUGGAAGAAUUUUAUUGAAUGCACGGUCCAGGAAUGUGGACAUGAAAGGUUCAGUGACUCUGAAUUCUAAACAUGGGUGCUCACAAAGUAACUUUAAAAUAAAUGUGUAAGAUACAACAUACAAGGAUUGGGAGGCCUAAGGAACACCUUGGGCACCAGAACCUGGUGCAGCAGAACCCCCUUCAGCUAGGCCAAGAAACUUAAUUAAAAGGAUUACCCCA